CUUUAUCUUCCAGUCCACUAGAUGGCAGCACUUACAUCAUGUGGUAUUGACGGUUUACAAUAACGAAUAAACCGAACUGGGCUACUACUUCCUUAUCACGCUUUGCGAAAUAAUAUACAAAUACAAUUAAUACUAUCUAACAAACCGUAUUUGUUGACCAACAGACAUGUCUGGAAUUCCGCCGGAUUCUUGGCAACCCCCCACAGUAUCGCUGGACACAACGAUGGGAACUAUCGUUCUAGAACUGUACUGGAAUCAUGCGCCAAAAACCUGCAAGAGUUUCGCAGAGCUGGGCAGAAGAGGAUUUUACAACAACAACAAGUUCCACCGCAUCAUCAAAGACUUCAUGGUUCAAGGAGGCGAUCCAACAGGGACAGGUCGUGGUGGUGCAUCUAUAUAUGGCAAGCAGUUUGAAGAUGAAUUGCAUCCAGAGUUGAAAUUUACAGGUGCUGGAAUUCUCGCAAUGGCCAAUGCAGGGCCAGAUACAAACGGAAGCCAGUUCUUCCUCACGUUGGCUCCCACACAGUGGCUGGAUGGGAAACACACUAUAUUUGGACGGGUCUGCCAGGGCAUUGGAGUUCUUAAUCGUAUUGGCAUGGUUGAAACCAACAGUCAGGACCGCCCUAUGGAUGACAUUAAAAUUCUCAGAGUGAAUCUACCUAACUAAGACGUCUGCUUGCAUAACGUUUUAUGUCUUAUUUUUGUACAGUCCUUUUAUUACAUUAAACUUUCAGAGUUUUCAUAAAA